AUGAGCACUCAACAACAUUUAGAAUUCACUCGACCUGUGGUAUCCAUUUCAUUGGGAAAUGAUGCUCUCUUUCAAAAUAGAAAUUCUCUCGAUACUCAUGACAAUGACAUCCAACAAGUGCUGUUGCACAGUGGAGAUGUCGUCAUCUUUGGAGGACGUUCACGCAUGGUCUUUCAUUCAGUUCCUAAAAUUUACCCAAAUACCAUUUCGAAUGAGGAAAUUCGACACAGUAUGGGAGAACAAUUUGGAAUGGGACGAUUUAAUAUUACCAUGAGAAAUGAAUAUAAAUUUAAGGAGAAGUGCAAUUACCUUUGGAAGGACGAGUAG